CUCACCGUACUGCGCCGCACCAAUUCUGAAUGCUUUCAAUGCAAUGCAAUCAUGGAGAACGGCCAUAUACGGUGAAAUACGUUUGUAUCAGAUACAAAAACCACCCACUGUUGCAGAUUGAUCGAAAAUUGGGAAAUUUGUUCGAGGUUGUCACUUUGGCCACCCCGGCAUCUUGGUAGGUGGUUGAAUAAAGCUCUGAGGGAACAAUAUAAAAAUGAAUUGAAAUGUAACUGAGGUAGUGUAGUUUCGUGCCGAUUGGCAGAUAGACAACUGGUCAUCAUGGUAUCAGCUAAAGUGAUUUUUCUUUUCGUCGUUGUGGCGUGUGCUGUGCUGGUAGUUGAAGCCAGACCCAACGGCAAGGAGGAAGACUGGAAGCAUGGUGGUGGCAAGGAGCAUCAUUCCGAAGAACAUUCUUCCCAUGGGGAAAAGGGUGAUAAAGGCCAUAAACAUGAGGAGGAGCAUGAGGAAGGCAAGAAGGGACACCACGACAAGGAAGGUCACAAAAAGGAGUAUCACGACGAGGCAGGACACAAGAAAAAGCAUAACGAUGAAGGUGGAUAUCACAAAGAGAGCAAGAAGGGAGAGAAGGGCGAAAAGGGUCAUAAGUUCGAAGAAAGUGGAAGCUUCAAGAAGGGACAUUCCACGAAGGGUCAUCACGAAAUUCACAAACUAGACGAGUUCAACAAAGAAAAGAAAUUCUUCGAUGAGGAUCACGACGAGGGUUUCGAUGAAAAAUAUGGAGACUUCAAAGAAGAACACGGAUACCAGAAAGGAGGCCAUGAGAAGAAGGGACACAAGAAGGGUGGACACCAUGAAGACCACUACGGAAAGAAGGGCCAGAAAAAGAAGGGGUCUCACCACCAUGAUCACGUGGGGCAUAAGGACGAACACGGACACGACGAGCACUGGAAUCACAAGGAACACUUCGCUAAAAAAGGUGGAAAGGACCACCACAAAAAGUGGGGCCACAAAAAAGGCAGCCACUAAUUAAUAGUAUCUUAGUUUAUAUACUCAGCUAAUCAAUAAAAAAGACGGCACUUCAUAAACACUAAAA